CCCAGGACUUCCGGAUCUAUGCCGGGCAGAAGACCUAGGCUCGUCUUCCCGCGCUGGCACCGGGGCCACUGUGGCCCCGAAGUGGUGGUGGCCCCGGAGUGGCAGUGAGGGCGGGGCGACAGCCGACGUCGCUGAGGCCGCAGACUCCAGGCCAACCCUGAACUCCAAUCCGGCGCCCAGGAGCCAGCCUGUAUUCCACCACGUUUUCUGGGAUGGAUGGGCACUUGCAGAAGACUGAACCGUUGCUUUUCCAAGUCUCUGUGAAAGUUAGAAGAAGCCAGCAAGUUUCUGUUUCCUGCAUAUAGGUGGAGAACAUUCUCUACCCUCCAUUUGAGCAGAGACCACCCAUCUGAGUGACAGCACAGAGCCCUAGCUGCCAGCCCACCCUACCCACCUGAGGCAAGUACCUGGGAUCCCCUUAAGGAGCUGACCAGGCAACAGAUUCAGGCCUGUGGGCGCACCCUGCUGCAGCCAUGGCGCUGGUCAGCAUCAACGAGCUGCCCGAGAGCAUCCUGCUGGAGCUGUUCACGCACGUGCCGGCUCGCCAGCUGCUGCUGCGCUGCCGCCUGGUCUGCAGCCUCUGGCGGGACCUCAUUGACCUGGUGUCGCUCUGGAAGCGCAAGUGCCUGCGCGAGGGCUUCAUCACGGAGGACUGGGACCAGCCGGUAGCUGACUGGAAGAUGUUCUAUUUCCUGUGCAGCCUGCGCCGGAACCUUCUGCUCAACCCGUGUGCGGAAGAGGAUUUGAGAUCUUGGCGAAUCGACUCCAAUGGGGGAAACCGAUGGAAGGUGGAGAGCCUCCCUGGAGACAAUGGGAAGGAUUUUCCUGAUCCCAAAGUCAAGAAGUACUUUGUCACAUCCUAUGACAUGUGCCUCAAGUCCCAGCUGGUGGACCUCAAGGCUGAGGGCUACUGGGAGGAGCUAAUGGACACACUUCGGCCUGACAUCGUGGUCAAGGACUGGUUCGCAGCCAGAAGAGACUGCGGCUGCACCUACCAUAUCCGGGUGCAGCUGACCUCAGCUGACUACAUUGUCUUGGCCUCCUUUGAACCCCCACCUGUGACAAUCCCACAGUGGAAUGAUGCCAUGUGGACAGAGGUCUCACACACUUUCUCAGACUACCCUCCAGGCGUCCGCCACAUCCUCUUCCAGCACGGGGGCCAGGACACCCAGUACUGGGCAGGCUGGUAUGGGCCCCGGGUCACCAACAGCAGCGUCAUCAUCAGUCAUAAGAUGACCAGAAACCCGGCCCCCCCUGCAGCUCAGCCAGAGGCAGGGCAAGGGCAGAAGGAAGCUGCCCAUAAGCCCUCCCCGUUUCAUGUCCACACUCCCUUCUGACUCCAUCUUCUGACAGCCACUCAUCCAUCCUCUCCCUGGUCAGCUAAAGGUCCCUCCAGGCAAGAGCUGAGCCUGGAGUGGGCAGUAAAGCACCUUGUCUCAGGAGUUCCUGCCCUAGUUUCAACCUUGGGCAAACCCACCAGCUCCUGGUCUCUUAACUGCUACAUAGCCCCCUUUUGUCACAAUAAAUGUUUUCAGUAAAACCAGCCUGGGGUUAGGUUUAUAGGUGGGGGAGGGGUUCUGUGGCACUUUAGUAGAGAAGCAGUUCUUCCUCAGCUUAAUGAGGCCACACCUCUCCCUCCCACUCCAGUUAGUGACAGCCCAACUCAACCUAGCCCUUGGGGCCCCUUUAUUGAAACAACUCACAGCACAGUAUUUGAGACAGACAGUGUUGGCCAGUUGAACCCCAGGGGCUGAGAAGUCAGGUCCCAGCAUCCAUCAUGGCCCUGGGGAAGGCUUCCAUGAAUGCAACCAGACCUGAGCAGCCUGGGGCUGGAGGGUGGGUGGUCCAUACAUAAAAGCAAUAAGAGCACUUGGAAUAAGGGUGGCCCUGCAGCACUGCCUUAGGCUAGGGGCCCCCCCAGAGUCUGACAGUUCCAGCAUCAGUAGGAUAGCAGGUGCACCCUCAGCUGCUUUUAUGAGCUCGCUCUUCCACAUAGAGUUGCAUCUAAGGGAGAAAGAGAAAACAACUAUGAGUCAGCCGGGGCACCUACACUCACUGGGCCCACCAAGGUUAAGGGAAAGGAGAGAGAAGAAAAACCUUACACUGGGUAUUCCCUAGUCCUCUUCCCUGAGCCUUGAUCUGUAAGUCCCCUGGCAAGACCUCCUUAAAAAUCCCCUAAAUAAAGUUUCUGUGGUCCCCAUGAAGCUCACCUUUAAAA